UCAAACAUCACCUGGCAGAAAAAUCGUUCGCCACGACACGUUGUUCAUUGUUCCAAAAAGAAAAAGAUUGGAAUUUUUCGUCCAAUUUAUGAGAAAAAUUUGAUGUAAAUAUCUGAUAGUUAAACUUCUGAAUUGUUUAGAUACCUCAAGGCUCCAACAUCAAUUUUAUCUUUUUGCAAAAGUGGAGAAAUCAGGAAAACCCACCUUUUGCAGAAUAUUAUUGGAUUGAUUGUGACCAGUGGGGUUCUAGUAAUAUCAUACCAUGAGGCUUGUCACGUUUGAGAAAUUAGUUGACCUGCAAAAGAGUCCAGACAAAAUUAGGAACAUCUGUAUUUUAGCACAUGUGGAUCAUGGAAAAACAACCUUAGCUGACUCGUUGGUUGCUAGUAAUGGCAUUAUUUCACAAAGACUUGCUGGUAAAUUAAGGUACAUGGACAGUCGGAAAGAUGAGCAGGAGAGAGGAAUUACCAUGAAAAGCAGUUCUAUUGCACUCUACCAUCACCGCGACCCGGACGAUUUUUUAGUCAAUUUAAUUGAUUCACCUGGUCAUGUAGAUUUUUCAACGGAAGUUACCACUGCUGUUCGUCUUUGUGACGGAGCAGUAGUUGUAGUUGAUGUCGUGGAAGGUGUCUGCGCACAAACUAUCGUUGCUCUUCGACAUGCUUGGGAAGAGGACAUCAAGCCGAUAUUGGUUCUUAACAAGCUUGAUAGAAUAAUUCUAGAAUUAAAGUUUACCCCCUUGGAUGCAUACAUACACUUAACACAAAUUUUGGAAAGGGUUAAUGCUGUGAUGGCCGAAUUAUUGGUUACUGAUAUCGGCAAAGGAUUUAAUAUCCCAUCUAGAAAGUCAAGAUCUAGAGGAACUUCCACGAGUACUUCAAUAUCUGAGGAUACUAUUAUUACAGAACACAAUAUCAAAGAUUGGAGCACGGGUUUGGAUGACGUUGAUGAUUCGCAGUUAUACUUUGCUCCAGAACAUGGAAAUGUGGUAUUCGCUUGCGCCCUGGACGGAUGGGGGUUUAGGAUUUCGGACUUUGCUAAAAUAUUCUCCAAAAAACUUGGAUUUAAUGAAACUGUCUUAAAUGCAACUCUCUGGGGAAAUUAUUAUAUAAAUACAAAACUAAAGCGAAUUAUGAAGGGUGCACAGGAGAAGGCCAAGAAACCUCUUUUCGUUCAACUUGUUCUAGAAAAUAUUUGGGCAAUGUAUGAAGCUGUGGCUGUAAGAAAAGACAAAGAAAUGGUUUUGAAAAUUGUCAAUAACUUGAAUUUGCAAAUUCAUCCAAGAGAACUGAAACCCACAGAUCCUAAGCUUGUUUUGUAUGCCAUAAUGAUUAAAUGGCUUCCUCUGUCAACCGCUCUACUUGAUACAAUAUGCGAGAAACUACCAAGUCCACUUGAACUAACAGACAAAAAGGUGGAACGAUUAAUGUUUUCGCAUGCUCGAAAAUUUGCAGCCCUUCCAAAAAGAAGUCAAGAGUUGAAAGAAUUCUUCCUGAAUUGCAAUAGUUCUGAUGACGCACCUGUGAUAAUAUUUGUUUCAAAAAUGGUAGCUGUAGAAUCCAAGUCACUUCCCGAAAACCGUCCAAAAAUUUUGUCUUACGAGGAAAUUGCUGCCCGACGUGAACAAGCAAAACAGCGACUUGCUGAAAAAAAUGCAAAACAAUUGGAAGAAAGAUCAGAAUCUAAUGGGGAUACAAGUCCAAACUAUUGUCUAACUUCUGAAAAUAAGGAUGACAAUGAUAACAACGUUGUUAAUGAGACAAUAUCAGAAGAUGCAGAUGUUUUUAUUGCUUUCGCACGUGUUUAUAGCGGCACAGUUAAAAAGGGUUGUAAGCUUUAUAUUCUUGGUCCCAGAUAUGAUCCUGUGGAUGGCGGUACAAAGUUUAAAGAUGCUGAAGUAGAUCCAAAACACACUUUGAAAGAUUUACCCCUUGGGCAACAUGUUACGGUGUCUGAAAUUAAAAGUCUUUAUCAACUAAUGGGACGUGAGCUAGAAAUGCUACAAGAGGUACCUGCCGGAAAUAUUUGUGGAAUUGGAGGAUUAGAUGAUCAUAUAUUAAAAACAGCUACAAUAUCGUCGACAUUGAGCUGUCCUUCCUUCACAGAUUUGAAUUUAAUUUCUGUUCCAAUUCUUCGAGUUGCUAUUGAACCUGUACGAACGUCGGACAUGGCGCGUCUUGUUAAUGGAAUGAAAUUACUUAAUCAAGCAGAUCCUUGUGUUCAGACAUUAGUUCAGGAAUCAGGAGAACACGUUUUAGUCACGGCUGGAGAAGUGCACUUACAACGCUGCAUUGACGAUUUGCGUGAACGGUUUGCAAAAGUGGAAGUAACUGUAUCUAAGCCAAUCGUGCCAUUCCGUGAGACGAUUAUUGACCCUCCAAAAAUGGAUAUGGUGAAUGAAUUAGUUGAAAAUCACCCUUCUUCUGGAGGACAUGACGCUAAGAAAUAUUCUCAAGAACAUGAAAGUGAACUAAUUGUUCAAGCGACGUCUAACAAGAAGUGCACAAUUAAACUUCGAGCUAAACCCUUACCAAAUCGAGUUACAGAACUACUAGAAAACUCAAUUAACCUUAUAACAGUACUCAAAGAAAGUGAAAAUACUAAAAUUGACAUUCUAUCGGAAUCGAUUUUAAAAGAUAUAGUUGAUCUGAAAGAAAAUUUACGUGGGGAAUUUCAAAAAGAGGGCUGGGACGAAGAAACAGUUAAUCAAAUUUGGAGUUUCGGCCCUAAACGGUGUGGCCCCAAUCUACUAAUUAAUAAAGUUCCAGGAUAUAAUUGUCGGGGGGUAUGGCCAAGAACGACAACAAGUGAAAACUCCAAUCAAUAUUCUGCUACUUUAGAUGCUUUCUACAGCAAUUUUGUCAAUGGUUUUCAACUUGCCACAUUAGCUGGGCCACUUUGCGAAGAACCAAUGUCAGGGGUAGCAUUUAUUGUGGAAGAUUGGCUAAUGGAUAGUGAAGCUACGGACGAUAGCAUGAAUCAUCCCUUCGGCCCAUUUUCUGGUCAACUCAUGUCUUGUGUCAGAGAUGCUUGCCGUAAAUCGUUUCAAACUCAAGCUCAGAGACUGAAAGUUGCAAUGUACAGUUGCAGUAUACAAGUCAAUGGAGAAGUUUUGGGUAAACUCUAUGCUGUAUUGGGGAAAAGGUGCGGGCGUAUACUACACGGAGACUUGCAAGAAGGGUCGGCGAAUUUCGAAGUGACUGCGCUACUCCCUGUUAUAGAAAGCUUUGAUUUCGCCAACGAAGUUCGACAACAAACCUCGGGUUUGGCUCUUCCACAGUUGGUGUUUUGUGGUUGGGAGGUACUGGAAAUUGACCCCUUUUGGCAACCAACCACGGAAGAAGAAUAUUUGCAUUUCGGUGAGAAAGCUGACACCGAAAACAGGGCUCGAAAAUACAUGAAUGCUGUCCGUAAACGAAAAGGUCUCCGUGUUGAAGAGAAAACUGUAGAGUUUGCAGAGAAACAAAGAACUCUUACCCGAAAUAAAUAAAUUUUAUAAAUAUGUAUUAUCUUUAGUAUUAGUUUAUACCGAUCUAGAUUUAUUUGAGCCUCGUGAACUAAGUUUUAAAAAACCCUUUGCAUUCAGAUUACUUUUCAAGUAGAUAUUUUACUUUACAACUGCCAGCGUUAUCUGUUUUCUCAAAUUGGAGUUGUAUGUUCUCUUGUGUAUGCAUGUUAGUUCAACCAUUGGUCCACAGUGUACCUCUAGUUCAAAAUUGUGAGUUUGUUGGGGAGACGCUUAGUUGUCUGAAUUAAUGGAGUUUAAAGUUUUGACAUUUAUAACGCUGACAUUGACUUUGCAAUGAACAUGCAAUAUAUAUAAGAACAUGCCUAUGUAUAUGUAAGUUGUUCAUUUAUCCUGCAUAAAUAGAGCAAGCUACCCAACGGUA